AUGACAUCACACGCACGCCAAGACGCUAGAGACAAGGCGGGGACAGGGUGGUUGACAACGAAGGCGGAGUGGUACGGCGCAACGACGCAACGACAUGUGCGCUUUGAUGAAAUUGAUGGGGAAGUGAAAGUAAAGCAUGAAGAUGGCGAUAUCGAUGUCGUUGACUAUAAUGCCUUGCUUGGAUGGGACGAGCUGUGUCAUCUUGAUGGUCGCUACAGCAUGAAUGCGGAUGAUAUGGCUGUGGGAAUUUACUUCCUCUCGGUCAUAACAUGUUUUUUCUUUUCCUUCAUUUACCACAUAUUCCUCGACCAUAGCGAGUGCACGCGUACGUGGACUUGUCGGUUCGACUACCUUGGUAUUGUCAUUCCUCUCUGGGGCACGACGGUGUCCAGUACGCACUUUGGAUUCUACUGCGAACCUGGAUUACAAAAUGCGUACGCCAUCAUCGGUACAUUCGCGGGCCUGGCGUGCGCUGUCACUACCCUACAUCCAUCAUUUGCCGGCCCGGCGUCGAGAAGGUUCCGUACCGGAAUGUAUGUCUUCCUUGGCCUUUCUUCUUUCUUGCCCAUCAUCUACGGAAUCCUACUCUUUGGCUUGGAUGCAAUGAACAAGAGGAUGAGCUUGUGGUGUUAUGUUGCCUUGGGGCUUUUGCAUGGCUCGGGAGCGACGUUGUAUGCAAGCAGAGUGCCUGAGAGAUGGUGGCCUGGGCGCUGUGAUGUUGUUGGUAGUAGCCACCAGGUCAUGCAUGUGCUGGUUGUUUUGGGCGCGGCGGUGUAUGCGGCUGGUGUGCUCAGGGCGAGGGAGUACUGGACGGGUGUCAGUUGUGUGACGCUGCAUUGA